AUGCUAAAAUUAAUUCAGAGGUCUAUAUUUCAGGAGGAGGAGUACUCGGCUGCACUAUCAGAUCUCGGAAAGGUUCUUCGAAUAACUUUCGAGGCUAAGUCGUCAGUCAACUGUGCAACAUUGUACCGUAAUGGCUUGACUCGAUUCAAGGAAAUGAACUUGUACUUCGAAACCCAGAGGAGUGGAGCACACUGGCUUAACCCUCCUAUAAGGCGUUUACUGGAGUUUUUCGUUGAAGUUCUUGGACCGAUGCGUUGUUUAGCUUCCACGAUUCCUUUGCAGUUAUUGUUGGUACUCGUAGGCUACAAUUCAAAUUCGAAACUGGUUGUGGGACUCAUGGUCUCCUACCUUGUUUACUCUUUAUUUAAGCUAAUUGAUACACAUGGGAUGCCGGAAGAUAUAGAUGGACUGAUUCAGGUCAAAGCGGAGGAACUGCUUUUUAUUACACCAGUCGAAUCGGAAGUUUCCGACGAAAGCGAUGAAGGCGUUCAGGACAGAAAAGAGGUUUUGGGUCUGAGUUCUGAGUUCAAUGAAUUGGAAAGCAGCGGAAGAAAAGAAGAUAGGGUUGAUGAUGACUUAGAAAAACAGCAUUUUGGGAACCAAGAUAUAGGAGGCAGCAUGAAACCCGCACUCCCAUAUACUGGACACAGUUCUUCUGGAGGAAACUCAAAAACUUCUGGCAUGCAAGUGAAACCAGCUGCCAAGAAACUUAGCAAGUUUUACCGGAAGCAGAAGGACCUGUUGGAGAAUUUCAAAAUUGAUAACGGGAUAAUUGAAGUAAGCACUUGGGUGCCUAUGCUUUGA